AUGAAUGAAGACCUGAAGGUUAAUUUAAGCUGGCUGCCUCAGGAUCAUUUAGAAGCCAGUUCUCCGGAGAAUGUCUCAGCUGCAGUUUCCUCCCAGAUUCCGGUCAUAGAACCAGAGCCAGAGCUCAUAGUAAACCCCUGGGACAUUGUUUUGUGUACUUCAGGAACCCUCAUCUCCUGCGAAAAUGCCAUUGUGGUCCUUAUAAUUUUCCAUAAUCCCAGCCUGCGUGCACCCAUGUUUCUCCUGAUAGGCAGUCUGGCACUCGCAGACCUAUUGGCAGGGAUUGGAUUGAUCAUCAAUUUUAUUUUUGCCUACCUGCUUCAGUCAGAAGCCACCAAGCUGGUCACGAUAGGACUGAUUGUCGCCUCUUUCUCAGCCUCUGUCUGCAGCUUGCUGGCUAUCACUGUCGAUCGUUACCUCUCGCUGUAUUAUGCUCUGACUUACAAUUCCGAAAGGACUGUCACAUUUACCUAUGUCAUGCUUAUAAUGCUCUGGGGAGCCUCUAUCUGUCUCGGACUGCUGCCUGUCAUGGGCUGGAACUGCCUCAAAGACGAAUCCACUUGCAGUGUGAUCAGACCUCUCACUAAGAAUAAUGCCGCUAUCCUUUCUGUCUCCUUCCUGCUCAUGUUCGCUCUCAUGCUCCAGCUAUACAUACAGAUCUGUAAGAUCGUGAUGAGGCACGCCCAUCAGAUUGCCUUGCAGCACCAUUUCCUGGCCACAUCGCACUAUGUGACCACCCGGAAAGGAGUCUCUACCCUGGCUAUCAUUUUGGGGACCUUUGCCGCUUGCUGGAUGCCUUUCACCCUCUAUUCUUUGAUAGCAGAUUAUACCUAUCCCUCUAUAUACACGUAUGCUACCCUCCUUCCAGCUACCUACAAUUCCAUCAUCAACCCUGUGAUAUAUGCCUUCCGAAAUCAAGAAAUACAGAAAGCUCUCUGGCUUAUUUGCUGCGGCUGCAUCCCUUCCAACCUCUCCCAGAGAGCCAGGUCGCCCAGCGAUGUGUGA